UCCCGAUGUUUUCUUGUAGUGUUUGCCUUCUCCAAGACUUCAUGUUCCUGCCCCUACUACCAAACUUAAUCCAAUUGGAAAUUUCUUUGUUUAUUGAACCUGAGGAACUUUAGAGUAUGGAAAAGAAAUGAAAAGGAUUGUGGACAAAGAAAGUAUCUUAGGUCGUGUGCUGCUUUAAAAAUAAAAACGUUCUACGGUUUCUGUUUAGCAUUUUACUUUUUAAUUCAUUUUUCUUAAUUUUGUAAAUAUGAAUUGUGGCAAAUUUUGAUUGGUAAGAUGACUUAUGCGUUAUUAACUUACUAGCAUGUUUCUUCCGUAUACGCGCGGAUGUUCUUUCAUUGUUUUUAAUAAAUUUAAAAUGUUAUUCUUAAUCUUCAUAGAUAACAAAAACAUCUUCUUUUUUUAGUUCAACUUAAAAGUGUUGUAACUAGAAAAAAUAUUUAUUUUACAUAUAUAUAAAUCUGAAUACUUAUAAGAAGUAAUUGAUGAUACAUGACAUUUUAGUAUAUUUAUUAGUGAAAUAUAGUAAAAGAAAUAUUGCAGUUUAGAUAGUAUGCUAAUAAUUUUUAUAUGUGAAUAUAUUUAGCUGUCGACAAAAAAGUAAAUAUAUUUAGCUGAUUACUUAUUUUAUUUUACCGAAUUCAAAAUGGCCUCAAACCUAUCCAGACAUGCUUAUAUAUGUUACGAGAAUGAUAUUUAUUACAUAAAAUACUGUUUAGAAUAGCCAUUUAAAGAUUGCACAAAUUUAAUAUUUAAGAAUUUUCAAGCAUAAAAUGUUUUUUAAGAUUUAUUGAUGUUUAAAGAGAGAAAAAGAAUUUAUUGGCAAAGUUUUGUUUAAUGCUCCUUUGAAUGGUUAAAAGGUUUUGCAUCUGACCUAUUUAUCAAAAGGUGAGCGGUAUGUGGGUUGAGAGUCUCCCUUCUUUUCCAUUCUUCUUUUGUUGUGUCGACUUUAAACUAGAAUAUCUCGUUUUGUUUCUUCAACAUAAGCAGCGAAUCUCCUUGUAAUUAAGUUUGAUUUUUCUGACAAUCGUACCUCUUCAUCUCACUUUUAAUUAGUCUGCGUAUUGACUUUCGAUUUUAGUCGAGAGCUUUGGUUAGAGGAAGAAAUUCAUGGUCGCAUGAAGAUGUGGUAACAUCGUGUAAUAACCAUCUUUAAAGAAUAAAACGAAGACAAGGAAAAAUCUUGUAACAGCCGAAAAAAUUACUCAAGUAAGUGGAAGUCGGAUUGAUUUUUUCCCUUCUUGCGCCCAUUGACUCUAAACACAAAGUCUAAAAAGCCGAUGGCGAGAGGCAGUCCUCGAUGAUCGAUAAUGAUCUAACCACUCGUGAAGCCGAUGGCGAGAGGCAGUCCUUCUUGCGCCCAUUGACUCUAAACACAAAGUCCACUUACUUGAGUAGGUUACAUUUGGGAUCGGAGGAGCACAAAGCUGUUGGUGUAGAUUUGCUACCUUUUGCAAACAUGUACGUUUUGUAAUAUGUAAGAUAUGGUUUUGGAACAUCGGCCGAGCAUGUAUAAAUUUUGAUGUGGUUGAACUUAAAGUAUAUAUGAAUAAAAAAAAAAGUUUGUGAAAUGCUUGGAUUCCAUAUGAUACUAGUCCUAGUCCGGGACGAACUAACUAACGGUUUCAAACUCGGGUUGCAAAGCCUUAACUUAGAAUUGCUAGGAAACAUGUUCUUGGACAUAUGAUCUUAGGAUUUCGGAUCUGAUCUGGGAACCUCGGAUCAAAUGUUUGGGCCCGUGGUAGUAGUAUCUUCGAUCUGGUUAGAGUUCUUAGUUCGUCAUGUAUGUUCUUGUUUGAUUGGUGCAUGACAAACUAAUUAACUUUUAUUUAUUCCUGAUCGGGAGUGUUACACAUCGGUUCUUCUGCAAAACAAAAUUAAAAAGAAUUCAAAACUGCAAAACAUCAAAUAAUUAAAUGCUGAGACAUAACUUUAAUGCUAAAUCAUUUGCUAAAUAACUAUAAUACGAACUCGUAUGCACCACCUACCAAUGUAUACCGGUGAAUUUCUGUAAGUUUUGCUUAAUCUUUUGCAAAAAUUAUUUUGUACACAUUUUUGAUCGUUUCCCUAACUUCAAAAACUAUUAGAUUGAAGGAUAGUCUUUAUCAAUAGAAGAAAAAUGAAAAGAAUAUAUGAUGUUGUGGCUUCCAAAUCAAAAGGAUAGGAGAGAUGAAAACAUAUGUUACUUCGUGGAAGAAGUAAACAGUUUCAGUAAUUUUAUAAGUAAUUUUUUUGUAGAAGUUAUUCAUUUAAAGUUGAUGUAAUGGAAGAGGUAGUGGGAUGGCUGUGCCUGUAUGUAACGGUUGAGGCUGAUACAAUAAGUUUGCUUUUUCUUUUUUUUUCUGUAGUGAGGGAAGAAAAAAAAAGUAUUUUGUUUCGUUUGUUUUUUUUCAGUAUUUUUUUUUGAAAAAUAUAAUAUUUCGUACAGAUAAAAAAUUAUUAUCAAACAUUUAUAUUAUAAUAUAAUAUAUUAUACUCUAAAUAUAUUUUACAAAACAUAAAAAUAUAAAUGGAUAUUUUAUAAAAUCAAUGGUUUAUAAAUUUACAUUGAACGCAAAUUAAAUCCGACGUCCGUGCGGGUCAAGAUCUAGUGUGAAUUAUGGUUGAAACUUCCAUUUUCGUCUCUGAGAUUGCAAAUGCACAUGAUCCCACUCAUUUUAUUUUAAAUUUCUUUAUUAUUUUAUGGUUUUAAAGUUUAUAAAUCAAGGGUUCAAUUUUAAAAUCAUCUACUAAUUUCAGAUGAAAUUAAUAAGGAACAUGGGCCACCUUUUUCAUAGCCGGGCCUGGUCCUGACGCUACUAGUGUGGAAGAAGCCUUUGUAUCAUAUUAACAAAAAGUGUUAAGCCACGUCAUCAAAUUAACCUCGUACCAGCACCCACGUCAUCACGCUUAUGAUUUGUAGGUCCCACUUUUAAACGCGUAUGAUCGUCUACAGCCUAUACCACCUAAGAAUACGAUACGCAUUUUUUCUUCCCUUCCAUGGAAAUUGUGUUUCUGUAUCUUGACUCUGGAAAAAAUAGGGGGUUUGCUUAAUCACAGAGGUUUUCUCUGGAGUCUCGUUCAACGAUGAUGAAGAAGGUAAUAAAAUCAAAUCUUCCUCUUUUUGUAGGAGGUGGUGAAGUUUAAUUCUUUUUGCAAUGAUACAAAAAUGGUAGAUUGAUUUAGGUCUCACACUUUUCUGAAACUUCCAUAUUUUCUUCUAUAUAAUUCACCCAAUUCUUAUCCUCCAAACUUCUAUAUUUUUAAUUACCGUUUCGGUUUCUCUUGAUACAAAAAAAAAAUUGCUAUCAGUUUUAUAUCAUUCAUCGCUGCUUUGGUCUUAUCGGAAUAUUAUUUUUUCCAUGUAAGGUUUUUGUGGGUUUGAAUAAAGUUGGUGAAACCGUGUGUGUUUGUAUUAUAUAUAUCCAUAAGAUCUAAAAACUCAAACGCUCGAAAUUUUUGUCUCGAGGUGAAUUAAUCUUUGCUUAAUCUUAAGCAUUUCCAUUGGUUAGAAUCAUAGUUUGCCUCGAAAUUGUCUUUCGCAAUAGAAUCGGUUUGUUUCUGAAGAUUUGUGUUGUUGAUUCUCGUUUUUUGUUUAUUUGUGUGGGGUCUUGACUUUUGUCUUAAGCUAUCUUCGUUGUCCUUUUGUUAAAGCUUAAAGAUUGUACCAAAACGAAAAGUUGAGAUUUUCCCCCAAAUUGUUUUCAUGUCAAAUGUCAUGUAGAUUACUUAUAAUCAUAAACCCUGUUCCAAAAUUUUGAUUUUUAAUAGUUAAAAAACAUGAAUUUUAUAUAUUUGUUGCAGGUAUUAAAGCAUAUUGAAUAUUCGCAGAUUAGCCCCAAGAAUCUCAAGACACAUGGACUAAAUCCGCAGCAGAUAUCGCAGUUAUACUCUAAUGGGUGAUAAUCAAAAAAGAUUGUCAGUUUCAUCAUCUUCGUCUCAUUUAUCAUGCUCACCGUCGCUGACAACAGCCCAAGCUGAAGGGGGUUCACCCAUGAUAGCUGAGGAGUCUUGGAUGAUUGCAGAAGAGAGAGCUCAUGAGAUACUAAGCAUUAUCCAACCUUUCUAUGUUUCAGAUAGAAAUAGGAAUGAAAUCAUUGAUUACGUACGAGCUCUAAUCAAGAGUCAUGAUGGAAUCGAGGUAUUUUCAUUUGGUUCAGUGCCACUGAAAACAUAUCUCCCAGAUGGAGAUAUUGAUAUGACGGUCAUAACUAAGCAAGAUAUGGAGGAUAAAUUCUUUGAAAAAAUGUAUAAUACACUUAAGAGUGAAGAAGGAAAACCUGAAUUCGAUGUAACUGAUGUUAAGUUUAUCCCUGCACAGGUCAAGGUCAUAAAAUGCAACAUCAGGAACAUUGCUGUUGAUAUCUCCUUUAAUCAAAUGGCGGGUCUAUGUGCUUUAUGUUUUCUGGAACAGGUUGACCAACUCUUUGGAAGAGAUCAUCUUUUUAAGCGUAGCAUCAUCUUAAUUAAAGCUUGGUGCUAUUAUGAGAGCAGAAUUCUUGGUGCCAACAUGGGAUUGUUCUCAACAUAUGCAUUGUCAAUACUAGUCUUGUACAUCAUCAACCUAUUUCACUCAUCAUUAUCUGGCCCUUUAUCGGUUCUCUACAAGUUCUUGGAUUACUAUGGUUCAUUCGAUUGGAGCAACUACUGUAUCAGUCUCAGUGGUCCUGUGCCAAUAUCUCGUCUUCCAGAACUUAUGGGUAAGGAUGAUGUUAAAAACCGCAAACACUUCUUAUUUGAUGUUUUGGGUUUGAUUCUCUCUCUCUCUAUCCCUUUUACAGCGGCUUCUCCAGAAAAUAGGCAGGAGUUAUUGCUUGACCAGAAGUUUGUAAGAGAUUGUGUAAAGUUAUAUCCUGCUCCAACGAAAUCUGUUGAAACAAAUGGUCUUGAGUUUCCUAUCAAACAGCUCAACAUAGUUGAUCCUCUUAAAUACAGCAACAACCUCGGAAAAAGUGUUACAAUAGGAAAUGUCAAACGAGUAAAACAUGCUUUUACACUGGGAGCUCGAAAGCUCAGAGAUGUUCUUUCACUACCUUGUGAAACCAUUGGAUGGAGACUGGAGAAGUACUUUGGCAAUGCUUUGGAGAGGAAUGGUAAGGGACAAAGGCAAGAUGUGAAAGAUCCUGUUACUGCGUUUGGUACUGGAAGGUCAGAACUAUCUGAUCUCAGUGGAGACUUUGAAGGUUACUAUGGAAGGCUUGUGAGUUACCAAAACAACGAGUUUUAUCGAAGAGCCAUGAAUGCUUCAACCUCAAUGCAGCCUAAUGGCUUUCAAAACAUGGGAAAGAGGAGAGGAACAGGAACUUAUAUUCCUGAUAUGAGUCAACAGUUAUACCAUGCCAGGUUCAGAGGUUCGGGUGCUGGAAACUCAGCAGCUCAUCAUAUAGGAGCCAGUAGUAGCUGCAAUCUUUCUGGUGAAGUGUCUACUUCUUCUGCCAGUAUCAAAGGAGAAGAAUGUGUGAAUUCAGAGCCUUGUCAGUCUUCACCACCAGAAAACAUAGGAGAUUCUAUAUCUUCAAGAACACUGGAAAUGGAGAAUGGCAAAGAAGAAGAGAGCAAAACCUCCCAAAAGUUGAAGAGUUCUUGACUUUAGUGUUGUGACAGAAUCUUUGGUUGGUCUCUUGGUAUACCUUCAGGAUAACUAUGUUGUAUCUUUAAUUGCAUGGAAAACUCUUUUUAGGAUUUAAAAGAUUCAUCAGGAACUUGAUUACUUUCUGUUGAUCAAUGUUUCUUGAGAGAUAUCUUCUUCAUUGUUGGUAAGACAGUGCAUACACUAGUGGUAUGUAUAGAUUAAAAGUUACUGAAAAAUUUGAUUUGCCAUUUGUCUUUUGCUUGGAGUUUACUUUCUUUUGAUUCUUGAUCAAUUUUUAUACAAGAUCUCUUGCCAUUC